AUGAUGUGGGAUAUUGGUUCUCUUUCCAACAUGGUGGUUGCUUCUGUAUCUCAACAAAAUGAACAGCUUCAAUGCAUUGAAAAAUUCUGUCACACUUUCAUCAACAUUAAUGAUAAGAAAAACGUUUUUGCAUCAAAGAAUUUGUAUAUAUCUCAUAUUGAAACUAUGGAAAACAUUGUAAGAUUGCACAUGGCAAAUGCUAAUGGAAGUUUAGAAGAUAUUUCAGCCCUAGCUUCUUCUAAUGCUUGUUCUGUUGAAGAAAUAUGGGACGUUGGAAUUGGUGAAGCAGUUUAUCAUCAUAUGGAGCAUGAAAGGUUGACAUGGUCUAUUGACUUUUCUCAACUAGAUCCUAUGAAGUUAGCCAGUGGAAGUGAUGACUAUACUUUGAAAUUAUGGAGCAUUAAUGAGAAGAAGAGCUUGACCACAAUCAGAGAUGUAACAAAUGUGUGUUCAGUCUAA